AUGUCACAAACAAAAGCGUCUGUUCACGAGCACCUCUUGGGUCUUUAUCGCGAAUAUCGCCAAACACAAGACAUUGCUGCCAAAGCUAUCUUCUUCUCCCCGCAAUGUCAUCAAAUAUGUCGUACGGACCCAUCCUAUGCAGCAAAGGACAGUGAGACUAUCAUCAAAUAUCUGUUCGAAGCUGGCCCUGUCCUUGAAGAUAUCUAUCGAAAAGCAGGCUGGCUCCAAGAGCAAACCCAUGGUCCCCCAAGGAGCUUUUAUUCGGCACGCCCUCUCAACAGCACCGAGAUGGAAGAUUUCGGAACCAUCAAGGAAUUGGCACCUGCUGGCUUUGAAUCAGUCGAGGAAGUGAAGAACAAAUCCAAGGGCGAGAAAUGGGAGGGGUUGAGGGUCAACAUGUGGACCCAAGAUGAGAAUGACAGGGGAAUCUUGGUCAAGGUUCAGUACUGGUGGCGCAUGGAACCAUUGGGGUCAGAAGAUGGUACAUGGAAGCAGAUACUCCAUGAUAUCAUGUACCUGGGACCGAAAGAUGGCACAGAAAAGGAUGGAGGCGGUGAGAUCAUUGAGGAAAAGUGA